AUGCAUAAUAUAGGAAAGGACGAUACCAUUUUACAAGUGAUUGAUGCUUAUUUGAAGCCAAAAUGCCACUCAGCUAAUUCAGACUUUGUGCUCAAGGCUCAUUCUCAGUAUCCAUUUCAACGUACUAAGCUCCAUCAUAUAUGCGUUGUAUACUUCGAAUGGCCUUCGGAGAGAACAGAUGGAUAUAUCCUUCCAUGUAUAGCCGAAAGGGAUUUACGACGAUUUGCCAAUUUGCGAUCAACUUCGUCUGAACUUGGGUUGAACCUUCCUUUACAUGAGACUAAGAGAACCAAGAAGGUCGGUAUUGUUGGCAAAUACGGCACCCGAUAUGGUGCUAGUUUGAGGAAGCAAAUUAAGAAGAUGGAAGUCAGUCAGCACAGUAAAUUCUUCUGCGAGUUUUGUGGAAAGUAUGCUGUUAAGAGAAAGGUUGUUGGUAUUUGGGGCUGCAAAGAUUGUGGGAAGGUCAAGGCUGGUGGUGCUUACACUUUGAAUACUGCCAGUGCUGUGACUGUUCAGAGUACCAUCCGAAGGUUGAGGGAGCAGACUGAGAGUUAG